AUGGCCAGGGACAGCAGUGGUUGGGAGUUUGAUAAAUUUGACGACGGUUCUCUAAAAAUUGUUGGAGAAGUUCAGCUAAGAAAAUAUGGUAACUUUCUUGAAGAGUAUGCCACUCAGCUUAAAGACAUUGAAGAUGCUUUGGAUGAUACCAUUGGAGAUUCAUGGGAUGUAUCCUUGGAUCCCAUUGAACUGCAGUUCCUGCCUUAUGAACAAAUAAGUUUGCUGAACUUGAUUAAGACAAAUAACAAAAUUCUCAACAAGGUUAUCACUGUACUGGCAAGUCUGUGUGCAGAAAUCCAGACCUUAGAACAUGAAGCAAAACAAAAGUUCUACAAUGCCCUUCUCUUUUAUGGUGAAGGAGAGGUGGACAGUAACCUGCCAGAGUGUGAGGGUCAAAUCCAAAUGGGUCGGAUGAUGCCAUUACUGCAGGAACUGUCUUGUUUUGUGACUCGCAUUUAUGAAGUCGUAAAGAAUGUCGUUCAACAGUUGGCUGCCUUGUACACAACACCUAAAUCAGGAACUAAACUAAUAGAUGUUACUGGUGUUCACUUUCAAGUUGUAUUUGGACAUCUUGGUGAUCUACUUACUGUUCUCAUCACAUUGGACAAAAUUAUUGAGAACCAUGCUGUACUUAAAGACCAUUGGACAUUAUAUAAAAGGAUGUUGAAGAGUGUAAGACACAAUCCUACAAAAUUCAACAUUCCAGAUGAAAAACUUCGUCCAUUUGAGAAGUUGAUGCUCACCUUGGAAGGACAAUUAUUAGAUGGAGUUAUUUUUCAGAAUUGCGUUGAACAGAUUUUUGAUGACCCUAACACAAUCUUAGUUUCCAAAAGCACUGCUUUUGCUGAAGAAUUUAUCACGAAUGUCAAGGAUAUUCUGAUGACCCUUGAAAGUCGAAUAGGGGAUGCUAAAGAAAUGGAUCAACGCUGUAAAUAUGUUGGCCUCUGUGGCUUAUAUGUGCUUUAUUGCCAAAUAUUCCGUGUCAUUGACAAAAAAUUGUUCAAGGUGAUUUGGGAUGUCUAUAAAAAGGCACCAGCUGUCCACCUGAUAGGUAAUGUGGUAUGGAUUCCCAGUGAUUUCCUUUUGUCCAACAUUCCAGACACUGCUCAGGCCAUUGAUAAGAAGGCAUUAUUGGCUGUCAGAACUCAUUGUGUAUCAUGGUUGCAACAAAAGAACCAAACUCUCAUCAGAGACAUUCAAGCCUAUUACAAUCAGGUUGGGGCCUGGAUGGUCAAUAUGGAAUCCAACAUGAAUCGAGGCAACACUGUCAUGCAAGACCUUAAUAACAGAUGCAACUUAUUCCUUCAAGGUGUCUUGUAUGCAUUUAACAUCAGCCAUUUGAUACGAACUGUGAUGAACUUACAUGUAUCUACACAAAAGGCCAUGACAAAAACAGCAGUUUUAGCACUUUGCAAAUUGAUAGAAUUACUUAAGGCAAUUGAAUUCACAUUCCAUCGCAGAACCAUGUUGGUUGCAGAAUCAAUCAACCACAUAAUUCAGCACCUUUGUUUCCUAGCAUUGUCUUCUAUCAACACAGCACGGAAAAGGAUUACCCAAGACAAGAAAUACAGUGAAAGUCGCCUUGAUGUUUUAUCAGCCCUUGUCCUUGCAGAAAAUGCUUUGAAUGGUCCAGGCACCAAGGAGCGUAUUCUAAUUGCUUCUCUCGCUCUGUCUUUUGGAACAAAAUUGAAAGUCUUCCGAGAUGAUGAAAUCACUAGUCUGUCUGAUACAUUGAAAAAACUUCAAGUAAUCACUAGAUUAUGGGAAAAUUUACGUAUGGCCACUGACUGCAGCUUUUUGUACUGGCAUCGAGUCAUUUUCCCUAUCUAUUUAACUGAUAUGCUUGACAACAUCAGUGAUACUCAUCGAAUACAUUACAUAUUUGGUGCACUGAGGGAUUGUGUAUUACCAAUGGAAUAUGUCCGACAUUUGGAAUCUCCUCAAGUACUGAAAGACAGUUUUGAUAAAGAAGUUACAGAUUAUUUAAAGGAGCAUCUACUUGAUCCACUGUGUCGUUCCAUUGAGACAGAUUUGAGAUUGCAUAUUCACUCACACUUACAACUUGAUGACCGCAACCCUCAUAAAGUUGGCCUAAAAGACUUAUCCAAUUUCCUGCGAGUGAGACCAAUCAGAUUCUUUGAUCGAUUCAUCAAUAUCAAAACUUAUGUUGAACAUUACCUGGACAAAACUUUCUACAAUUUGACUACUGUUACCUUACAUGAUUGGAAAACUUACAGUGAGAUGAAAAAUAUGGCAGAGGAAAAGUAUGGUGUCACUCUGAUGGAAUCACAUUUACCUAGUCAGACCUUGGAGCAGGGCCUAGAUGUACUGGAAAUCAUGAGAAAUAUCCAUGUGUUUGUCUCCAAGUAUCUUUACAAUUUGAACAAUCAGAUUUUCAUUGAGCGCUCGAGCAACAAUAAACACUUAAACACAAUAAACAUCCGACACAUUGCCAAUUCCAUCAGAACACAUGGCAUUGGCAUCAUGAACACAACAGUCAAUUUCACAUAUCAGUUUUUGCGAAAGAAAUUUUUCAUUUUUUCCCAAUUUAUGUUUGAUGAACACAUCAAAUCUCGAUUAAUCAAGGAUUGGAAAUUUUUCAAAGAGCAUCAUAUUCAGACAGAUCAGCAGUAUCCCUUUGACCGGGCAGAGAAGUUUAAUAAAGGAAUCAGAAAACUUGGUGUGACUCCAGAUGGACAAAGCUAUCUUGACCAGUUCCGAACACUCAUUACCCAAAUUGGCAAUGCUAUGGGCUAUGUCCGUAUGAUACGUUCUGGUGGUCUUCACUGUUGCAGUAAUGCCAUCCGCUUUAUUCCAGACCUUGAUGACAUUGAGAGCUUUGAAGAACUUUCAGCCAAAGAAGGUCUUUCUGCAGAAUGCCAGCAAGCAGCCAAAAAUCUUGAUGCAGUUAUUGGGAAUCUGGCCAAGAAUUUUGCAGAAGGCACAGAAUAUUUUAAGAUGCUUGUUGAUGUCUUUGCACCAGAAUUCCGAAAUCCUAAAAACAUGCAUCUCCGCAACUUUUUUAUCAUCCUUCCGCCAUUGACACUGAAUUUUGUGGAACAUUCAAUGAACUGCAAGGAAAAACUGAAUCGUAAGAACAAAGAUGGAGCUGCUAUCAUGGAUGAUGGAUUUUCCAUGGGCUUAGCGUACAUCCUCAAGUUGCUUGAUCAAUAUCACGAAUUUGAUUCCUUGCAUUGGUUCUCUUCAGUUCGACAGAAGUAUGAAAAAGACAAGAUGGAAGCAAAGAAACAACAAACUCUGGCCAAUGGCAAAAUGGAUGAAAAACUACAACAGACCACAACAUUGACCAUGAAGAGGAUUGAUCUCUACAUUCAGGAAUUUGAACUACUGAAUUAUUCCCUGAGCAGUGCCCGGAUCUUUUUCAGGGCAGACCUAACAGCUGCAGAGGAGAAGAAAGAUCCAGCAUCUGCUGAGAAUGAUGGCAAAUCUACUACCCUUAAUACCAAUGACAGCCCGGAUGCCCCUGCUGUAAAGACUGGUCUUGUCUUCCCUUUUCAUUUUCACUUCACUUUCUCUCUUCUCUCUCCUACCAACACUUUCUCUCUUCUACCAACUCUUUCUCUCUUCUCUCUCCUACCAACUCUUUCUCUCUUCUCUCUCCUACCAACACUUUCUCUCUUCUCUCUCCUACCAACACUUUCUCUCUUCUCUCUCCUACCAACACUUUCUUAA